AGGGAGAUGGCGGAGUUGGACAUCGGGCAGCACUGCCAGGUGGAGCACUGCCGGCAGAGAGAUUUUCUUCCAUUUAUAUGUGAUGGUUGUUCAGGAAUAUUUUGCCUGGAACACAGAAGCAAGGAGUCACAUAACUGUCCUGAGGUGACUAUAAUCAAUGAGAGAUUGAAGUCAGAUAAGCAUACAUCUUACUCAUGCUCAUUCAAGGAUUGUACUGAAAAAGAACUUAUGCCUGUUAUAUGUCCUUACUGUGAGAAGAAUUUUUGCUUGAGACACCGUCAUCAGUCAGAUCAUGAAUGUGAAAAACUGGAAACCCCUAAACCUCGAAUGGUUGCCACUCAGAAACUUGUUCAAGACAUUAUUGAUUCUAAGACAGGAGAGACUGCGACCAAACGACGGAAAGGUGCAAAAAAUAGUGAAACUGCUGCCAAGGUAGCACUGAUGAAACUAAAGAUGCAUGCCGAUGGAGACAAAUCAUUGCCACAGACAGAGAGAAUUUAUUUUCAGGUUUACUUACCUAAAGGGAGCAAAGAGAAGAGCAAACCAAUGUUCUUUUGCCACCGAUGGAGCAUUGGAAAAGUCAUAGACUUUGCAGCAACUUUAGCCAGUCUUAAAAACGACAAUAACAAAUUAACAGCUAAGAAAUUAAGGUUAUGUCAUAUUACUUCAGGAGAAGCCUUACCCUUGGAUCAUGCUUUGGAAACCUGGAUUGCUAAAGAGGAUUGCCCAUUAUAUAAUGGUGGGAAUAUUAUUUUAGAAUAUCUUAACGAUGAAGAACAGUUUUUAAAAAAUGUUGAUUCUUACUUGGAAUAGUCAAAGAUUGAGUUCAAGGAUUCAAGUCAAGGUCUCAUAAGGAAAAUUCUGUGUUGUCAGUUUUUUUAAAUACAAGCACUAUGCUUAUUUUUUAUUUGUAAAAGUUGUCACUUAACUUAUUUUCAUUGUUAUAAUUCGCAUU